CAGAAGGGGGGCUACAGUUCGGGACUACCUCGGAGAGACACGUCUUCCCGCGCCCCUCUUUAAGAGGAAGGACCUAGAAUGGACCAGCUCAGGGACUGGAGUCCUGAGUGGGCAGCGCUGGAGUUCUGCCACUCGGGAGGCUAGUGUAACCGGUCCGUCCCGGGGCGAGCUGGUCAGAACGGGGAGUGUGGGCUCCCAACCAGCUGGGCGGCAAAGAAGUGUCCACCCACCCGUUCAGGCCUGCCCUACGCGAGCCGUGGAAAGGUUCUGAGGACUGAGAGGGCUCCGGCUGAAGCUGGGACAGCUGUGCGCAGCUUGGAGGCUACUCCCCCCCCGCCCUCCAGCCUUCUCAUUCGCCCAGAAUCUUGCGGGGCCAGCAGCUUCAAGCCGAUUUAUAUGGGCAGGCAACUGUCUACACCCGCAGCCCAGCGCACCCCACCCCACCCCUGGUAUCAGCUGAGAGUAACUCUGCCUCCAGUCGGACGGGAGGGUGCUGUCACUAACCCUGCCAGUAAGGAGCUGCUGGGGCCAAUGGUCAUGGGGGACCCUGGUAGAGAGGAGUAUAAAAUCCAGUCUUUUGAUGCAGAGACCCAGCAGCUGCUGAAGACAGCACUCAAAGAUCCAGGUGCCGUGGACUUGGAGAAAGUGGCCAAUGUGAUUGUGGACCAUUCCCUGCAGGACCGCGUGUUCAGCAAGGAAGCAGGACGCAUGUGCUAUGCCAUUAUUCAGGCAGAGAGCAAGCAAGCAGGCCAGAGUGUCUUCCGGCGUGGACUCCUCAACCGUCUACAACAGGAGUACCAGGCUCGGGAGCAGCUGCGUGCCCGCUCCCCGCAGGGCUGGGUCUGCUAUGUCACCUUUAUCUGCAACAUCUUUGACUACUUGAGGGUGAACAACAUGCCCAUGAUGGCCCUGGUGAACCCCGUCUAUGACUGUCUCUUCCGGCUGGCCCAGCCCGACAGUCUGAGCGAGGAGGAGGAGGUGGAUUGCCUGGUGCUGCAGCUGCACCGCGUUGGGGAGCAGCUGGAGAAGAUGAACAGGCAGCGAAUGGAUGAGCUCUUUGUCCUGAUCCGGGAUGGCUUCCUGCUCCCGACCAGCCUCAGCUCCCUGGCCCAGCUGCUGCUGCUGGAGAUCAUUGAGUUCCGGGCAGCUGGCUGGAAGACGACCCCAGCUGCCCACAAGUAUUACUACAGCGAGGUCUCUGACUAGGCCUCCAGGCCAGGCUUCCCUCCCAGCAGCACUGGCCUUGCUUCUCCCCACCUCCCCCCUGGCAGCAGUCUUUGCCUCUCCAAAGACUUUUCCCCUUCCAGCAGCUCCCAAGAAGCUUCCCACUUAUUCAGGGGUUCUGCCCUGAGCAUCUUCUCCUCCUCCUGCAGGGGUUGGGGAAAACACUACACAGACCUGCCCCCUCCUCCCUCCCCCUCAGUCUCUCCCAUACCUCCCACCUGGCCCGGGAAGAGAAGGGCAACUCCUAACAACCACUGCACUGUGUAACCACUGGCACCUCAGUUUCCCAUCUAUAAAAUGGGUACCCAUCGCCACUGGUAGGAUGCUUUGGAAUGUCAAGGGGGCAAGGUGCAGAGCACAAGUCACACAGAAACUUUUAUACGUUUUGUAUAAGGACCACUUUGGAAACAGGCCUAUUUCCUCCAGUCGUUUUCAUGGGUGGCAGUACUAUAUCACAUGCUACACAGUUCAGGGUGGGAAUUUCCUAAUAAACCUUUCGGAUACUAAAA